AUGGAUAAUCACUUUGACGUUAUCGUGCUUGGCACCGGUCUGAUCGAGUCUAUAACUGCUGCUGCUCUCUCCAAAGCUGGCUUCAAAGUCGCACAUAUUGACCCCAAUCCAUAUUACGGUGCAGACGAAGCAUCCCUCUCAUUAGAUGAACUCGUGCAGUGGGUUAAUCGCCGUCAAGAGCACGAUCGUUCCAUCACCCAUUAUGGUGAACUCCCGCCUCAUGCGAGACAGUACUCAGUCUCAUUGGGUCCUUCGGUCAUUCCAUCGAUCGGCCCUUUCAUCUCGUCCCUCAUUGCAUCUGGCGUUUCUCGCUAUGGGUCUUUCAAGCUCCUUGGUCGCGUUGUUAUUUAUGAUGGUGGGAUGUUGAAAGAUGUGCCUCAGAGCAAGGAUGACAUCUUUCAGAGCAAGGCGAUGAGUCUCUUAGAGAAGAGGAGGGUCACACGUUUCCUUAUGUUUGCUGCUGGAGAUUUCGAGAAUAGCAAGGAGCUGCAUGGCCAAGAAAAUUCGCCCUUGCUCGAUUUCUUGCAUAGGAUUUUUUUGCUCAGUGAGGCAACCGCUCGGGCCAUCACCUAUGCCCUGGGGUAUUGUUCUUUUAUUGCAGAAAAGACUCUUCCCGCUCUGCAUCGUAUCCGCGCUUACCUGAAGGCAUCUGGUCGCUAUGGGCCGUCCUCAUUUCUUGUUGGCUACCACGGUGGCUCGGGCGAAAUUGCACAAGGCUUUUGUCGGGCAGCUGCUGUGAGGGGAGGUGUUUAUAUUCUGGGACGAUCCGUUACAAGUCUCUCGUCUGUCGAUCCCGCUGAGCUAGAAAACCCCGUUUUGACAUCUGAUCUACCCCGGUUCGCUAUUGAAGUUGACGACCUUCCAGACCGUCUUCACUGUCGUUGUCUGUUAUCGUCGACUUCUUUGCUGCCAGGACACUUUCGUACCCUAGCAGAUGUCAUCCGUCCGAGUAUAUCAUCCUACGGCUCCCCGCGGCCAUUUGCAGUGGCGCGAUGUAUUGCCGUCGUUGAUGGGCCAAUUACUUUGCCGUGGGAUAUCGAGGAUUCGGGAACGUCAGAAGUGUCGGAUUCUUUACUUCUUGUCUUUCCGCCGGGGUCAUUACAUGGGGGAUCGGCUACUUCUGCUGUGCAUGUUAUGACAGCAGGUCCAGGUACCAUGUCGGCCCCUUCUGGGAAAGGUAUCCUGUAUAUCUCAAUGCCUCUUCUUACCAAUUCCGUCCAUUCGGCUGAGAUCCUUUUACGCCCUUACCUAACAGCUGUUCUCUUAUUGUUUCCAGCUGAGCAACAGCAGCAGAAAACAUUGAUUUGUUCUACAUUCUAUAUGCAGGAACUUAAUUCGUGUACAGCCAGUACCUCAGAUCCAUUGGUAGGGCUCCUGGCUGUGCCUUCAUUAACCCCACAUACAACACAGGGGGUAGAUGAAGCUGCAAUAGUUGCUGAGGCUACCUUUAGAAAGGCAGCAUCUUCUCUUAAUAGAGAGAUAAAAGAGAUGAAUCAAGGAUGUGAGCAAACUGUGUUUUGGCCUGUGUUAGCUGAGAUGGAGGAGGGAGAAGGUGAUGACAUGCAUUGGUAG